GCGGCGCGCAGGCGGGCUCAGCCCCGGAGCUGGGCCGGCCCCGCCCCCGGGGCGCCCGGCGCCCGCCCCCGGCUCAGGCCCCGCCUUUCCCCACGUGUCUGCCGCCGAGAGGAGGCGCCUGAGCCGGAGCGGGCCUCCGCGGGUCCGGCCCCGUCCGCGCAGAGUCCCCGGUCGGCGGCGCCUCGGAGCUGCCCGGCUGCCCGAUGCUUCCGCCCCGGCCGCCGCGGGCCGGGCUGUGCGCGUAGUGCCCGGCUCAGGCCCCCGAAGCGCCGGCGGGGGCGACAGCGGCCUCGGGCCCCGCGGAGACGGAGCGGCUGGAGGACGAGGCGGCGGCCGCGGGGAGGAGGAUGGGGGCUAACCAGUUAGUGGUGCUCAACGUGUACGACAUGUACUGGAUGAACGAAUACACCUCAUCCAUAGGAAUUGGAGUUUUUCAUUCAGGAAUUGAAGUAUAUGGCAGAGAAUUUGCUUAUGGUGGCCAUCCUUACCCCUUUUCUGGAAUAUUUGAAAUUUCCCCAGGAAAUGCUUCUGAACUAGGAGAAACAUUUAAAUUUAAAGAAGCUGUUGUUUUAGGGAGCACUGACUUUCUAGAAGAUGAUAUAGAAAAAAUUGUAGAAGAACUGGGAAAAGAAUACAAAGGCAAUGCUUAUCAUUUGAUGCAUAAAAACUGUAAUCACUUUUCUUCAGCUUUAUCAGAGAUUCUUUGUGGGAAAGAGAUUCCUCGCUGGAUCAACCGACUUGCCUACUUCAGCUCCUGUAUACCCUUUCUCCAGAGUUGCCUCCCAAAGGAGUGGCUCACUCCCGCCGCCCUGCAGUCUAGUGUCAGCCAAGAGCUCCAGGAGGAGCUGGAGGAAGCAGAGGACGCUGCCGCCUCCGCUUCCAUGGCGAGUGCCGCUGCAGGCUCCAGACCCGGGCGCCACACUAAACUAUAAAUGUCUCCAAAGUCACACUUUCAGAACUGUCUCUGGCAGUUGAAUAUAAAUAGGGAAAGUAAACAGAGUAAGCGUCCUUUGGAUAUUUUGUAUGCAAAGAUGGCUCUCCCCCAAAUCCCAGUUUUUCAGCUCAGGAUUAUAUUUGUAAUCAAAAAAAAAAAAAAUCACUUGGCGCAGGAGGGAGAACUUUGUAUGAAGCUGCCCUCUGUUUUUUUUACCCACUUGUACAUUUGGAUUUACUUCUGUUUUUUACAAGCUCUGUUAAGUUAUGUUUACAGUAUUUUGUAUCACUGUUUACACAUCUUGCAUGGACUCCUGCCUCCGUGAAAGAAAAUCUUCAUGUCUUCAUAACUUAGGCAGGUAAUCUUUGUACACUUCGGACAAUUGCCAGAGCUACAGCAUAAAUAGUAGGCACAUGAAAAAGGUAUGUACACAGUUUACAGUUGGUUAUUACCUGCUCAAGAAUGUAGAUUUGUUUUUGUUUUGUUAACGUUGUGGGCACCAGGAUACAGAGACCCAGAGUGUCCCAAGGUGAAGGAGCACGCACAGCCUGAGGGCUUGGGACCCUGAGUCCAGUGUCCCCCCUCCCCCCCCCCCCGUGCUCUCUCCCACCCUGAGUAGCACAUUUCCCAAGGUGCCCAUGGAGGAUUCGUUUUACCCAAACAUCCGUCCAUCUAGGCGGGUGGUAUAUUGUCUUUCUGGCUUUGCUGCCUCAUCGGUCCACAAUUGAGAUGUUUUUUGAUAAAGAUACUCUUGUAACUGACAAGUGUUUUUGCACAUGUUUUCAGGGAGGGGCUUCAUUUUUAUUUUAAUACACAUUGAUUUCCUCCCAGCACAGGAUUUCGUUGGUGGUAUAGGAAUAUCCUAAGUGGUAGCCUUCUGAGUAACAGUAUAAGUUGACAUUCAACUGCUUUUAAAUAUUCAGGCUACCUUUUUUAUACUAGACCUUGAAAAACAGAGUCUGAAGUAACAUACCCCAAAAAAGGUAAUUCUUUCAUAUUUCAUAUUUUUUAUGUACCAUGUCAAAAAGAGUAUGUUACAGUUCGUUAAUUUGUUAUGGGAAUUGUUUCACCUCAGAAUAGAGUGCUUAGUCCUGCAGACAUCAUGUUGAAAAGUCAUGUUUGUGUGUCUUAAAAUUUAUCUUUUUAUGUCCUCACAAAUGUCUUUUACAUAAUGUACUCUAAGAAUGACAUUGUCGCCACAGAUAAAUCUUCAUAGACAAGGAAAUCUAUCUGCUUGAGUCUACUCUCGAUUUGACCCUUGGAUGUAAGAACCAGCUUGUUAAAUUUCUUUUUUUUUUUUUUUUGUAGAGACAGAGUCUCACUUUCUGGCCCUCGGUAGAGUGCUGUGGCCUCACACAGCUCACAGCAACCUCCAACUCCUGGGCUUAAGCGAUUCUCUUGCCUCAGCCUCCUGAGUAGCUGGGACUACAGGCGCCCGCCACAACGCCCGGCUACCAGCUUGUUAAAUUUCAUUCAGUUUUUCUGCCUUAAGAAUGAAUGUCCUAGAUAAAAUAGUGGAUGCAGUAUAUUAAUUAUCCAAGGCAGUAACUUCAGCUUCUUAUAUAUAUUGUUAACGUUAUUUACACAUUUAUUUAAACUUUUAGACUGGAUUUUUACUGUUGCUCUGUGAGGAUACAUACCUUUCAGUAAACUACAUUUUUAACUUUUCCAUAAGCUGAAUUUGGUUGAUAAAUUAACUUAAGCACACCCUAUUCAUAGGGAAAAUAAACCUUGGGUUAUAAGCAUUGGCCCAAGGACGGUGAAGCCACUUAAAAAACCUAGUUUAUGCUUUUGUAAAGGGAAACCUUUACAAAUUUCUUGCAGUUCUUUAGGGGGCAGAACACUUGUUUUAAGAUUGUGACAGAAAGAAGAAAGAAAUACAUGAACUUGAGGAAAAGUUGACUUGGUUCAGAUCUCAAACUGAGAUUCAGGACAAAACACUAAGGCUGUAGCAGUGAAAUGUUUGCUUUAAAAAAAGAGUCCUGUCAUCAAAACCUGGCUUAGGACAAAGUGGUGCAGUUUGCUUGGCAUAUUUUUAAAAUAUGGAUUGUAGUUUUUUCUAAUUCAUUCAAAUAUACAUGAGUUAAACCCAGGCUACUGACACAAAGGAGUAGCCCUUAGUUAGACACUUAUUGGUGAAUAGCCAGGAACAUCUGUGCUUAGCCAGAGUCCGCACCCCAGUAUACAUACAAAUCAUUUUGUUGUUAAUUUGUUACAUUUACUUUCAUCUACAGCAUUCGGGAGUUUAAAAAUACUGUAAAGCAUUCUAGUAGAAAUAGCAUCCUAAGACCAGUUAACUUAUGAACAGAUAAAAUUCUGGACAGUGAGAUUCCUUGCGAUCUAGUUAUACCUGAGGUUGAGAAAUAAAUGUCUUUAGAGAAUCCCACUCAGGUCCUUCUCUGCAGUUCAAAAUUGAGAAUAGAGUUAAUUAGCAUUUAACCAGCUUUUACUUGCCCUUGGAAGGAAAGAAUCUUGUUCUCAGCCUGAUUUCUGUUUAGAAAAAUCCUACAUCAAAAAUCUGGUUCUACACAUACAUGUGAUACAACGGAGUCUGUUUAUUGUUAGAACCAAGUGAAACAUACUUUUCAUGGUGGGUUGGACAGUAAUAUAGUGUUAGAGGGUCAGAAACUUCUGGUUUCUGCUGUUUGAAAUAAAAAUACCCUUGGGUUUGGGGUAUUUUUAACCCUUCAAGGAGCAUUCACUCUGGAAAGUGUGACUUGGGAACUAUAGAAGGCAGUGGUGUCCAAUCUUAGAGAGCCUCCACUUGAUGCCUGCACUCCAGCCAACUAUUGCUCUGACCCACAGCAAUAGUGCAAGUUACCCAUCACCAGCAUUUGUACAGAGCAGGGAAUUCUGGGUUUAGUCAACUGAGCAUGGUAUGUGUGAGGAGGGAGAUUCAGCACGACAGACAGCUGCAGACUCGCCGUCCAUGGCUUCUUUCCAUUUCAAAACGGGUAGAAACACAUCACUGCUUCAGGGUUCUAAUCUGUGUGUCUCUGUAUGGCAUUUCUGUAAGAUACUCUGUAAUUUUCAUAUAUGCUGUAUUUGCGUUAAAUGACUAAGUUUAAGAGACUUGGGUUUGUGUUCAGCAGGCUGGCCAUGCUGCCGUCCUACGCCUCAGUGUGGCUGGUUUGGAGUGCAGCUCAGUUAUGAGACUUGUGCUGUCUACUCGUUCAAUACACAUCUUUGCUGUGUGAAAGGUGUUAACAGCUGUCAAAGAAUCUUCACGGACCUGAAGAUAAUUUCUUGUGAAGUUGAAUGCAAGUGUACUGUCAUUCAUAGUGUUUAUAUAAAAAUGCCAGGAAUCUUCACUUUUGCUACCUUGAUAUAGCAUUGGGCUAUCAUGUAACAACAUUGAAAUACAUUGAUUUAUUAAAAAAAUACUUUUAUAAGAAA